GUAAGUAAACUUUGUAUACACGAGCCUUCCAGUCCAACAUCGUAAAGAGCCGGCAUUUAAAUAAAAGCAUCAAGUUAUGUGAAGUUUUUGUCGCAGAGUUAAGAGACCUGUGCGGUUUAAAGAGAGGGUCGGAGGGCGUGGCGGUGGUGACGCGAUGUGUUUAUGUGGAACAGAGCAGCUAACAUACGGUAACCUGUCAGACCUUCACACCGCGGACCCACAACGUGAGCCGUAGUGUCACCCUGGCCUGGGUGCCAUGGUCCUCAGUUACACAUGAGCUCUACUAUGUGGUACAUCAUGCAAAGCAUUCAAAGUAAAUAUUCCUUGUCCGAGCGGCUCAUCCGCACCAUCGCAGCCAUUCGCUCAUUCCCACACGACAAUGUGGAGGAUCUCAUUCGUAAGGGAGCUGAUGUGAACCGCAUGCACGGCACUCUUAAACCCUUGCACUGUGCCUGUAUGGUCGCUGAUGCUGACUGUGUGGAGCUGCUGUUGGAGAAGGGCGCAGAGGUGAAUGCUUUGGAUGGAUAUAACCGCACAGCUCUGCACUAUGCAGCAGAGAAGGAUGAGAGCUGCGUGGAGCUGCUGUUGGAGUACGGGGCCCAGCCUAAUGCCCUGGAUGGCAACAAGGACACUCCACUUCACUGGGCCGCCUUCAAAGAUAACCCAGAGUGUGUGAGGGCCUUGCUGGAGAGUGGGGCCUGUCCCAACGCCAGGGACUACAACAACGACACGCCUUUGAGCUGGGCAGCAAUGAAGGGCAACUUGGAGAGUGUCAAGGUGCUUUUAGACUACGGAGCCCAGGUCCAUGUGACCAACCUGAAGGGCCAGACCCCUAUCUCCCGACUGGUGGCCCUGUUGGCCCGGGGCCUGGGCACUGAACAGGAGGAGGAGUGCCUGGAGCUGCUGUGCCGGGCAGCAGGACGCUUUGAGAUCCGCCGGGCUGACGGCACGCUUCCCAAGGAGCUGAGUAAGGAUCCCCAGCUGCUGGCGAGGCUGACCAACAUGGUGGCUCAAGCUCCCACGCUGCGCUCUCUGGCGCGCUGUGCUGUCCGCCAGAGUCUUGGAGUCCAGUUCCUCCCCACUGCUGUAAAAGAGCUUCCUUUACCAGAGACUAUCAAAGACUAUUUACUGCUCAGAGACUGAAGGGAUAAAACCUUUUUGUGGAGCUCUCAGACCGCACUCGCUUUUUUAUUAGCUCAACACAAAGCAUUUAUUGGCAAGGAAGUGUCAUUUAAUUGUGAGAUACUGUCUGAAAGUGACCCGUCAUUACUCAAACUUUGCAAAUGAGUACAGCUACAGUAUAUGCCCCAGGAGUGAUGUUUAAGCCUCCAGUCUUUAUUUUUUAUUAUCUAGUGGGUAACAUCUUAAUUAACAGUGCAUUUCUUUUAGUCUGAUCAGUUUCAGAUUUUGGAAGAAGACUACCCCAGUUGAUGUUUAUAUUGGUUCAUAAAAAAAAGCUUAAAAGUAUGCACAUGUUGCUUACCCUGGCCUGGCCUGUUAAAGACAAGUCUCUUCUCAGCCCACUCUGCAUGCAGUACAGAGAGAAACUAUAACAUCAGGUUUGUUGGGCUUCAAUGAUUUUUCAUUAUGCUUACGUUUGUAUUAAAUGUUACAUUUUAAUAUUUAAUUAUAAUGUAAUUAUGUUUUGUCACAGGGCAUGAGGAAAAUCUUAAAUGUUGAGUUUGGUGGUAGAAUUAGUAUAUGCUCAUUGUGAGAUUAGAUUUAAAUGUAGGAUAGGUUUGUGAAUAAGGGCUAAAGUCUGAUGAUGCAGGCAUUAUAAUAAUUGGAGUGGCCAUCUUUCUCUCAAUGACAUCCCAGUGAACUCACAAUCACCAAGGAAAGACUAAAUAGAAAAGUUGAAAAACACUCUCUGCGCAGAAUAGACAAUAUUGUGCCCGAUUGAAACAGCUUUGUUUGUGUUGAAGCAAUGACAUGUUACAAAAAAAAAAAAAAUUAGGUUUAAAUUGGUUUCUCAGAAAUGUGCCAGACACAUUGCUCUAGUGCUGUGUUCAACACUGUUAAAAAAAAGAUGUCAACUAGCCUGCUAUCUUAGGCGAGUUAAUAUUUAUUUUGGCUUUAUUUGAAUGAAAAUGCAUGUGCCAAGGAGGAAUAAUAUGUUGUUUGUUCAUUUAUGUUAAAAUGGAUGUUCUCAGUCUUAACUUGCAAAACAAAGGGUUUUCAAAUGUGUUCCUAGUUCCUCAUUCUUGCAGCGUAUGUUUAAAAAAAAAAAAGUUAUUUUAAUUUAAAUGUUUAAAUGUUAGAACCAACAAAUGGUAUGAUUACUACGUUUUUGUCCUUGAAAGUUUCACUAAAUAAGCUUGAAAAAGAUGUAUGUACGUUUGUCACGUCAUCUGUUUGACAUCUGACCAUUUCUGUGCUUGGUUUUUGUUUUCCUGUUGGGCUGCUGUAUAAAAACAUAUCACUUAGAUACUGUCUUGUGUACACCUGCAAAAGUGCUUUUUCUUCGUCAUGAAAGUAAAUGCCUUUUUAUAUUCCAAUAAUUAGUUUUCUCCAUUGUUCUUCAAAAAUAAAUCUGCUAUUUUGACAUGUAA